AUGACCACACUCACGAUGAUGACGUGCCGUCUGCUGUACGCCCUGCUGGUGCUCGCACUGUGCUGUUGCCCGUCCGUGUGCGUGACAGCAAGUGGCCAGAAGGCUGAGAAGGAAACUACCACUACGACUACAACAACGAAGCCACCAACUACGACGACCACGACAACAACGAAGCCACCAACUACAACGACCACGACAACCACGAAGCCACCAACUACGACGACCACCACGACCACUGCGCCGGAGGCAACAAGCAUUACGACUACAGAGGCGCCAAAUACGACGACCACCCGUGCGCCGUCAAGUAUUCGCAGAAUUGACGGCAGCCUCGGCAGCUCUGCGUGGGCGUGUGCCCCGCUGCUUCUCGCCGCAUCCGCGUUGGCGUACACCACUCUGGGCUGA